AUGAAACAAUAUUUAUACGUCUUGUUUUGGCUCUCCUUUGGGGUAUUCCAUUCUUUCUCUCAAUGUCCUUGUGUUCCAAAGUCAACUUGUCGUCCCACUGCCAAAAUUGGAUUAUACCGAAAACUACGAAGAAUAGCUGUUCGUGGACAGAACGCUUCCAUUCAGUUAGAUUUGGAAAUAUCAAUGAAAGAUGAUAGGUUAGAAGACUUGACCGUUUUUGAUAUUCUGAAAAACGAAUCUUCGAUUGCGAUUGAUUGGAUACCAACAUCGUACGAUCAUGCUGUAAUGGAACGUUCUCCACCAGUUUUCAAUGCCAUUAACUAUAUAAAAAGAGAUAACAGCCUGUCGUUGGUAGCAACGUUCAUGUUCGAGGAAAUGAACAUGUUGCUGCGAACAACCUACGAAAUAUCGAUCAAAAGUUUGUAUCACAAGGAAUGUAAGGAGCUGAUUUCAUUGAAACCUCACCUCUCUUUGAAUGUCACAUUUGCGUGUGAAAGAGUAGAAGGGGCUUCAUGUACAAGCGCUGUAAAAAAGAAUCACCAAACUAUUUGUGGAAUAAUGAAGAGUUAUGAUUAUUAUUUUGAAAAACAUGUUGAUGGCAGAAAAGCUCAUGUGAACAUGGUUUUGAAUGAAGAAAAAAUAGAAAAUUUUGAAAGAGCAAAAUAUUUGAUUGCUUUCUUUGGUCCUUGUGAAGAAGAUAUCUAUCAACGUAAUGAGAAGGAUUGUAUCAUAAAGCUGUCCAGAGCUAAGAGGAAGCGUUUUUGUCUUCCAAACAGAAAUUGCACGAGAUAUCACAAUGAUUAUUCUGUGAGCUUUGGGUCUCUGGAUGAUUAUCGUUAUGGAGUUCGAUUAUGCUUAGUUAUGAAUAGCUUUUAUGAAUUGCCGCCAUUAGCAGCCAUUAGUCACAGCAUAACAGCUCAAUUUCUAUUUGCUUCUUUACAUGGUCGUCUACCUUUCUCUUCGCCCAUGGUUCGAACAAUCGUUGGAUAUACACUGUUGCUAUUCAUACUAUUCAUGUUUCUUCUCACUAUCCUUAUAUACAAAUGUGUUACGGGACGUCUUCGCUUCAGAAAAAAGAAAAAAGAGACAGAUAUUUGGCAAAUCGAUGAGAAUCAGCUUACUGUCUGUUGGGAUCAGUUAUUGGGGACUGGACGUUUUGGAAUGGUUUAUCUGGCUUAUAUGAAAAGAGAUUAUUUACCUGCGCAAGGACCUGUUAUACUAGAUGACAAAGGAAGGGUUGCUGCUAAAGCGGGAGACUAUGCUGAUAAAGUUUCCCGAAAAGGGAUAUUUGACGAGAUUGAGGGGACCAAGAUGGUUGGGCGUCAUCCUUGUAUCGCCUGUCUCAUAGGUGUUGUCCCACUGCAAGAAUGUGUUUUGCUGGUCACAGAGUUCUGUGCUUAUGGCAAUUUGAAACGUUACUUAACAAAGAGGAGGAAGUAUAUGAUAGAACUUCAAGAAAGAGGAAUAGAUUUGAACGGUGACUUAGUCAACAUUUCGGAUGUUGAUUUCAACAUGGUUCUAUCAACCAGAGAUUUACAUCGAAUGUGUAGCCAAUUGUGCUCUGCUAUGGUUUAUCUUAGCUCGAAAGCUUUAGUACAUGGAGCUUUGAGUUCCAAACAUGUACUUGUCACCCAAGAUCAUUCUAUCAAAAUUACGGAUUUUGGUCAAACACAGAAAGAAUCAUGUGGAAUAAGAUGGCCGAUACAAGAAGACAUGAUACGUUGGACAGCAUUAGAAGUUCUCAAAGGAGAGUUUCCCACGAGAAGGAGUGAUGUGUGGUCUUUUGGGGUAAUUGCAUGGGAAAUCCUAACAUUAGGAGGCCAUCCAUAUCAUAAUUUGGAGACAACAGCAGUACAAUCGGCUUUAGAGCGAGGCUUUCGCUUGGAUAAGCCGGAUGGUUGCUCAGCAGACAUGUAUCAACUUAUGAAACAAUAUUGGCAUCAUUUUGCAAAUCAACGGCCAUCGUUCUCUAUGCUGUCAGUCCGAUUGAAUGCUGUUAUUCAGGCAGAAGAUCCAUCUUCUUCAAAGUUUAUAAAAGUAAACGUAGAUGCUGAGUAUUAUCCAAAUUCGGAAGAAGAGGAGACAGUUUUGUCGCCGUUAACAGCAUCUCGAGCAAUGGAAUUAAGUGACGACGAUGACGAUGGAACGGAGACUGAUCGUCAGCUACAAGAUGCUUCCAUUCUUCUUUCUGAAUCUGAGAAGCUGCUUGGUUUCAGGAGUUAA